AUGUUAGGUCCCUCUUCUCGCCCAUCUCUGCCCACGUCCUCGUCAGACUUUGCUCUACCUCCUUCAACGUCAUCACCAUCCACCACCAGUCCCACAUAUGCGGCGGACGAUCUCAGUCCUUUUAUGUUGCGCUUCAGACGCCCGAGUCUUCUAGUACCCCGCCCUACUGCUCCAGGCGACCGUCCUCUUCGUAGUCCCCUAGCCACAACAUCAACAACUCGCAGUUCUAGCACUACUGUCAGUCCAGACGAGUCCGAAAGUGAGCGCGAGAAUGUCAAGAUGUGGACGGAUGACACUCCUCCGUCUGGGAACUCUGGCUCGGGCACCCCGCUCCUGCCUGGACCGACAAUAGUAGAACCACAACGCAACCGAGAUGGUGUCAGGAAGAGAAGUAGAAGUAGACCGCGAAGCCCAUCCACUCCUCCGCCUCGAAAUCGUGGCUCUUCGGCCCUCAACGACUUCCCACCAGAAGCCCCAAACUCUGUGCCUCGCGCGCAUGGCCGCAGGCUGUCGCAUAAUGUAAGAGUGCCGCGCAUCCUCUCCCUCAUCUCCCAAUCGCGUCCAGAGGAAAGCGAGGUGCAAUCGGAGGCUCAGUUCCAGAGGCUCGUUGCAUCGUGCUGUGAGCUCCCGUCACACCAGCGUAUCCCCCGCGCAGCGUCUGAUCGCGGGAGAUAUCCCGAAGAGGCCGAUGUGGAGGAACCACAUCGCGAAGAUACGCCCAGCGAUGAUGGCGAACUCGACGAUGCCGUGCCUUUUGCUUACGUGCAGCCGAUCAGCAUCAUGAAACCUGUGACUCCCGCACACAGUGUCAAUGGUGAUGACAUGGGCAUGUUGGACAGUCCCGGGGGAAUGGCCAUGGAUGUCGAUAUGCCUUCGUCCUCGAUGGGCUCGCCUAUAGUAUCUUCAUGGCGCUACACGCCACCACCAACGUCUAGUGCAGUCCGUAACAACAAGCGAAAGGUGGAUGACCGUUACGACCCAUACCCUACUGCGAACAAAAGGCGUGCAGUGUCCCCAUCUUUGUCUUAUCUCCGCGAAUCCCAACCGUCUCUCUUCAACUCGCGUAUCGCUAUGGGCACACCACGCUUGACAAUGCCAACGCCGGUACCGAUUUCCACAGCCUGCAGCUCUGCCGCAUCUUCUCCCAUAGUCGGCUCGUCCUCCUCGUAUUUCGCUCGCGGUUCCACGAGUGUCAUGUCAAGUCCAACAUUGCGGGCACAGAUAGGGUUGUCAAGCCCUGUCCUCAGACCGAUCUUGCCUCGCCCGAAGCGGCAUGGUGAAGAUGAACGCGAAGUUGAGGGUGCUGGCGAAGCUGUCGGCGGAUUGACCCUAUCAUGA